AUGAUGGGCAAGGAUAGAGAGCCGCUUGGCUCGGAGAAGGGCCGUGAGCUCAACGCGGAGGGCCGGCCCGAUUCGGGAGACCCGUCGAGGGAUCUGAACAGCUCGAGAGCGGGGACGACAGAUCCUCCAAACACGGUGCCCGUGUUCACGUGGGAGAACGAUGAAGUGGUCGUUGGUGGCAACGCAAAGAUUCGCUGUCAAGUCACGGCUGUGAGCGCGGCGGAGAGUGCGCAACUGACGAACCAGGAGCACCAAAAGCUCUCGAAGCGGCAGCACGAGGACGAGGCGAGCUGGUCGACGCGGUCGUGGCUGUCGCUGCAGGCCCAGCGCAUGUCAGUCGCGCUGCAGCUCGCGGCGGCGGAAGAGAUUGCGACCGAGCUCAGGCUCGCCGCGGCGUCGGAGGACGCCCGCCGCCGCGUGCACGGCCUCGACUUCUCCGACAUCUUGCUCUCCGCCUAUGCGCCGGACGGCGGCCUCUUCGUGCCCGAACUGUCGACGAUGCCAAACCACAUCGCCGGGCUACACCCGGGCAUGACGCUUGCGCAGGUGACGGCACGCGUGCUCGAGCCCUUCACCGGCAUCGCGCUCGCCGACUGCGAGGAGAUCUGCGCGGCCGCCUUCCUCUCGUUCAACAACGGGCUCGAGCCAGCUCUGCCUCUGGUGCGGGCGGGCCGGCGGCUGCUCCUCGAGACGGGCGCCGGGCCGACGCUCGCCUUCAAGGACAUCGGGCAGCAGGUCGUGGCGCGGCUGCUCAACCACGUGCUCGGCGGGCGCGGCGAGCGCGCCACCAUCGUGGUCGAGACGUCCGGAGACACGGGCCCCGCCGCCAUCGAGGCGGUGCGAGGCUGCGAGGCGGUGCGCAUCUUCUGCCUGUAUCCGGAGGGGCGCGUGUCGCGCGUGCAGGAGCUGCAGAUGGUGACCGUGGACAGCCCGAACGUCUUCGUCUACCGCACGGAGGGCGACACCGACGAGCAGGCCGAGGCGCUCAAGCGCGUCUUCGAAGACGCGGCCUUCAUGCGGCGCCACUCCGUCUGCUCGAUCAACUCGAUCAACUGGGCGCGCGUGCUCGUGCAGGCGGGCUACUACCUGUGGGCGUGCCAACAGGUCUCGCCCGCUUCCGACCGGCCCGUCCACUUUGUCGUCCCGACCGGCGCCUUUGGCAACGCCGCGGGCGGGCUGCUCGCCAAGCGGCUCGGCGGCGCGGUCGGCAGGAUCGUCUGCGCGACGAAUUCCAACGAUGUCGUGCAUCGGACCAUCUCGAGGGGCGACAUGUCGAUGCGCGCAAACCAGCAGACUGUCUCUCCGGCGAUGGACAUCCAGUUCGCGUACAACGUCGAGCGGCUCCUCUACUUCUGCUCGGGCGGAGACGCGACGGCGGUCGCCGCACUCAUGGCGACGCUCGAGGCGGACCGAGCCGUCGCGCUGCCUCCGCCGCUGCUGCACGCCGUCCAGGACACCUUCGUCUCCUGCGCCGUGAGCGACGCGCAGACGCUGCAGACGAUGCGCGAGGUUUGGGCAGCCGACGGGUACGCGCUGGACCCGCACUCCGCCAUCGGCGUGCACGCGCUCCGCACCACCCCCCGGACUGAGCCUACACUCUGGAUUCGGUACUCUGGAGGUAUGGGACUAGGCGUGCACGCGCUCGACCACGUCGAGUCCGUCCGCGCCGCGUGCGAGGGCGGGCGGGUCGUCUGCGUGCUGACCGCGCACCCCGCCAAGUUUGAGGAGGCCGUGGCGGCGGCCGGCCUACCCGCAGCCGUGUGCAACGACCCGCGCGUCGCGGCGCUCGAGCGCAAGCCGAAGAAGUUCCGCCGGCUCCGCGACCCGAAGGCGGCGAGCCGACAGCUCAAGCUCGAGGCGUGGGCGAGCGAGGGCCGCGUGUCGGUGCCUCCGAUCCAGACGCUGGGCCAGCCCCCGCUGGGACGGUUCUCGGGCGACAGCAAGGGCGACGGGCAGGCGUGCAUCAAGUCGGCCUACGAGGAGGGGGGCGAGGUCUUCGUCGCCAAGGUGGCGAGCGGCGGCGGCGGCAACAACUCGGGCCUCGUGCUCGUCUUCUCGCAGCGCACCUUCGCGCCGCUCGCCGUGCUGCUCGACGGCGGCCUGUUGACCGAGCUCCGCACCGCCGCCGCCGGGGCGCUCGCCGCGUCGCUCUUCGCGCCGGCGGAGCCGCACCACAUCGCCGUCAUCGGAUGCGGCGUGCAGGCGCGGUACCAGCUGGGGAUGCUCGCCGCGGUCACGCCUUGCCGCGCCGUUCGUCUGUGGUCGCGGCGACCCGAGCAGGCGCGCGCCUUGGCGGCGGAGCUCGACGGCGGGCCGGCGGGGUGGGCGGCCGAGGUAGCGCCGUCGGCGGAGGCUGCGUGCCGCGGUGCGGGCAUCGUCCUCACCGUCACGCCAGCGAGGUCGGCCAUCGUCCGGACGGCGUGGCUGCGCCGGCCAGUGGUCGUACUCGCGAUCGGCGCGGACUCGGCCGGCAAGCAAGAGCUCGAGGCGGGCGCGCUGAUCGAGGCCGACCUGGUCGUCGUCGACUCGCGGGCGCAGUGCGUCGACAAGGGCGAGCUCCAGCACGCCGUCGCAGCGGGCUUCGACCCGGAAGAGGCGAGGGAGCUCGGCGAGUGCAUCGCGGAGGGAGGGUGGGGGCGCGGCUCGAAGCCCAGUCGCCCCGAGCUCGUGGUCUUCGACUCGACGGGCGUCGCGAUCCAGGACGUGAAGAUCGCCGAGCUGUGCCUCGCCGAGCUGUCGCGGCAGCCGGCGGUGCCAUCGAAGUUGUGAUUACUGUAACAUUAUGUGUAUGCCAUGGUGAGAAGUUUGUCAAAACACUACACUGUAGUCCGUGUACGGAGAGAGAUACACACGAUGAUCAUCUCACGCGGAGGUACCAUGUCGGGAAUCGUAAACAGUAAAAAGGACUAAGUAUGA